UUCAGCAGUGCUCGCCUGUCAUGACUCAAGACCAUGUAGCCGACUUGACCGCUUCUCCAAGACUCCAACUAAGACGCCGUCUGACUCUGUCCCCCCUUGACCUUUCCCCUCUCGCUCCAGGCCCGAUCGCAGACUGUACACUGCAUGUAAACAUCCAUGCACAAUGCAGCCCUCGUCGUCGCCGGACGCAUCGGACGCAGCAGCGAAGCGCGCAUUCGCCUGCGAGAGAUGCUCCCGUCGCAAACAGCGCUGCGACCGCACCAUCCCGCUCUGCGCACCGUGUCGCCUAGCCCGGGCCCUCUGCCGCAGCUCGUCGCGCGAGGAGGCCGUCAUCCAGGGCAAGGACAGCGAGGUCACCCGCAAGGGGUACGUGACCCUGCUGUUGGAGCAGAUUGCCGCCGUCGAGGCCCAGCUCGAGGCGGAGACGACGCAGCAGCAGCAGCAGCAGCAGCAGCAGAGCCCUUCGCCAGCAGCGUCCGACUCGGACGCCCUCGCGCCUCCUCCGACGAGCAUGAACAUGUCCUUCCUGUCCCUGAGCGCCAUGGCGGAACCCUGCACGCGCGACGGCGAGUUCCUCAAGCAGCUGUCCAUCUCGCGGCUCAUCGCGGGCGUCACCGAGACGUACGGGGGGAACCCCGAGACGGCCUCGCGCGUGGGUUCCCUCUGGGACGGCAUCGCCAGCUAUCUUCGCCAUCCCGCCGGCGCCACGCAGCGGCUGCACAUUGCGCGCGACGAGGCAGACAAGGCCCUGCGCACCUACCUCGACGUCGUGGACUUUCGUUUUCCCCGUCUGCCCGUCGCCAAGGUCCAGCGCGGCAUCGAGGCGAUCGCCGCCCCGGACGAGGCCAGGUACCGCCAGACACUGGCCCGGGACCCUGCGCACAUCUUCAUGGCCUACGCGGUCAUCGCCAUUGUCCCGCUCGUCAGCGACAGCUACCCCAUCUCGCAGGGCUCUUGGGUCUCUGUGCACCUCCUGGGGAAGAGUCUCAAGGUUUUGGACCGCGUCUUCCACCAAGAGGACGGCGUGGACAUUGUCCAGUGCCUGCAACUCCUGGUGAUUCUGGCUAUCCAUUGUUCCACCGCCGGAUCCGCAUGGCACCUCAUUGGUUUCGCUAUGAACAAGUGUAUUGCCCUCGGGUACCAUCGUGAGGAUCCCAAGACGGUCCUGUCCAUACCGCAUACGGAGCUGCUACAAAGGAGAUGGGCUUUCUGGGGGUGCUACUUGCUUGACGUGCUCAUAUGCGCAGCGCUGGGCAGACCAUUGAGUAUCGAUGCGUCGUAUAUCACCACGCCCGUUCCAGAUGCUAUGGCAGAUGAUGUCGAGCAAGACACAGCGCUAUUUGCCCGGGACUCGCAAGCUCCCUCCUCAGUGCAAGGGAACGACAGCAUGAGCCCGCAAGAGUCACACCACGUCCAUCUGUUCCGAUACGCCAUGCUCCUGGCCUCCGUGAUCAGCGACACCCCGAGUAGCACCACGCGUCCCAGCCGAGGCACUGCCAGCGACUUUGAACACUUUCUGGGCAGGGCGCUACAUUGGCGGACCAGCGGCCCACCGCACGAUGACCCCUUGGUCCGUAGCAGCUAUCUCUUCCAGACCUCACUGUACAACACGCUCGUCCUGCGCAUCUCUGUCCGUGAGCUCCUUGCGGGGUUUGACUUUGAUGACGCCAGCAGUGAUGGACUCGCAGCGUGCUUCCGGCACUGGCCAGCUGAUGGAUGGGUAGUCGAGCAGAGACGGGUCUCGAGGCUCAAGCUGCCUAGUAUCUGCACUGCUGUGGCACGAAGCCUGAACCGGACACGGAUGAGUGGUCGAUCCUACCUGUCCCUGUUGACGGGGUACAGCGCUGUGACCAUGGCGCUGGCCUGCCUGUACUGCCUCGCCGUCCGUAUCCGACUACUGGCAGCAGGGGGACAGAACAGUGGAAGCCAGGGCACCGCCAGAGCAGACUCACUGCAUUUCUCUCCUGCGGCGUUUGGCGCAUCGCUCUACGAGAGCCCGGGGCAGGCCUGGCCUGCAUUCAACAAUCCCAGGACCUGGCGCAGCGCCGGCACGGGAGGCUCCCAGGACCAUGUCGUGUUGUCCGAUGAGUAUGGGCAACUCGAUAUGAUGCUGGGCAUCGCGAUAUCGAAGCUGGAUGUUGUGGGUCGCCAGUUUCCCCGUAUCCAUGAAUACAGGACCAUCGUACUCAACAUUCGCAGCUUUCUGGUGGCGCUGUCGAAGCAGCAGAUGGGGGAACUUGACGAGUCGUUACAGGAUCACAUUGACGCGGUCACGUCGUGUGCCAAGGACGUUGGGCCUAUACACCUUCAACAGCUGACGGCCGCGGUGGUUCACGUCUCGACAUGGAAAGAAUUGAACGACGCGAUUCACGUCAACUUCCCACAACCCAGCAUGAGCCCCAUUCUCUCCAACACGCCACCCAGCACGGGGCAACCCGCUCCCAAACCCCAGCUCUACAUCCUCAGCGACUUCCACCCCGAGGCCGUCCGGUAUGCCCAGUCCCUCUUCGACUGUGUGCUGUACGGCGACCCCCAGGGAGACGAGUGGCGUUCCCGCGCCACGGCCAUCCUGAUCAAGGACUACUACAUCACCGACGACGACCUCGCCGCCGCGCCGCAGCUCCGGGUCAUCGGCAAGCAGGGAGUCGGUCUCGACAAGGUGGACGUCGAGGCGUGCCGGCGGCGCAACGUCCAGAUCUGCAACACGCCAGGCGUCAAUGCCGGCGCCGUGGCUGAGAUGGCCCUGUGCCUGGCCCUGAGUGUCGCCAGGGAGGUGCCGCAGAUGGUUCUUCGACAGAGGGUGCAGGGCGAGGCAGUCAGGAAGGAGACUGUCGCCGGACUUUUGCUCUCCCGCAAGGUCAUCGGCGUGGUUGGUAUGGGUCACAUUGGCCAGGCGGUGGCCCGUAUGUUUGUCGGUGGUCUGCAAGCUAAAAUCAUCGCGUUCGAUCCAUACUUUCCCCAAGAGGGCGGCGGCGCGUGGGAUCAGAUUCCGCACCAGCGUGUCGAUGAUCUCGACGAGCUACUCGCCGCGGCAGAUGUAGUCACGCUGCACGUCCCCCUGACAGACGCAACGAGAGACAUGAUUUCUGCACCUCAGCUAAGGUGGAUGAAGAAGACGGCCAUAUUGAUCAACACGGCGAGGGGCGGCAUCGUCAACGAGGACGACCUGGCCGAGGCGCUGGAGCAGGGCUGGAUCUGGGGCGCGGGAUUCGACUGCCACGUCCAGGAGCCUCCAACACUCGAGAGAUACGAACGGCUAUGGAGCAGCCCGAGGUUCGUGGGCACGCCGCAUAUCGCUGCGGCCACGGACGAGACGCAGAUUGCGACCAUCAACGGCGCGAUAGACGGGGUGUACCAGUUCGUACAGACAAAGUGCAACGGCAAGACGGCAGCUAGACCAUAA